GGCUGGGCUUCAGGAAAGGGAGGUGCGGCGCUCGAAGCAUGGCGUCCAACCUAUACUUGGUUCGCCAGCGGAUCAGCGGGGUCAGCCAGAGGAUGUCCGCCUUCCAGAUCAACCUCAACCCGCUCAAGGAGCCGCUCGGCUUCAUCAAGGUCCUCGAGUGGAUUGCUUCCAUCUUUGCUUUUGCUACCUGUGGAGGUUUUAAGGGCAAAACAGAAAUCCAAGUAUCUUGUUCUACUCUUCCUAGCAAUAAAACUAACAUUACAGCUGCUUUUGGUUAUCCAUUCAGGUUGAAUCAAGCAUCGUUUCAAUCACCUCCAAAUGUAAAUGUGUGUAAUAUAGAUUGGAAAAGUCAUGUUCUCAUAGGCGAUUACUCUUCUUCUGCACAAUUCUUUGUUACAUUUGCAGUCUUUGUGUUUUUGUACUGCAUUGCUGCCCUUCUGCUUUAUAUUGGUUACACGAACAUAUACCGGGAUAGUCGUAAACUCCCAAUGAUUGACUUCAUUGUUACUCUUAUUGCCACGUUUUUGUGGUUGGUAAGCUCUUCGGCCUGGGCUAAAGCUCUUACAGAUAUUAAAAUAGCAACUGGACCCAGUAUUGUUCAGGAACUUGCACCUUGUAGUCACACAGAUGUGAAGUGUUUUUUUGGCUCUGUGACUUCUAUGGGAUCCCUAAAUGUGUCUGUGAUCUUUGGCUUUCUGAAUAUGAUCCUUUGGGGAGGAAAUGCUUGGUUUGUAUACAAGGAGACCAGCCUACAUAGUCCAUCAAAUCCUUCGGUCUCCCACACAGGAAGUGCGUCACCUCCAGCUGGAAUGUAAUUAAAGGGAGAGCUACACUGUGGGAAAUAUGUGUCUAUACUAAAACCUGUUGCCAACAUCUUGAGUAGCAUUGUUUCUUCCUAAUAAAAGUAAUGGCUUUUUCAAUAAAUUGGUGGGUUUUAAAUUUUGCUGCUUUUUAUAUGAAACUAGUGCCUUUCUUUGAAAUUUAAGAUGUAAAUUGAUUCUUACAUGUAAAUUUGAAAGUCCAGGGGCCUAUUAUGAGAUGAUUCACAUUUUGAAAUUAAUAACUUUUUCAUUGUUGUUUGCUUUCCAAAGUAUUUACACCUUAAGCCAUAAUGUGUUGCUUCACUCAGAAAACAGUUACAUUCUCAUUUCAUAAUAGGAAGAAAAUAUUUGGAAUAUUAUAUACACUACUGUAAGUUUGUACAGAUCAUAUACCUAAGACCUGUCUUUGUUUAAGGAAAUCUUGAUUACAUAAAUCAUUUAGAAAAAAAUUAGUUCAAACUUUAUGUCUGAGCAUUGUUCAUGUUAUACAAUUUUUUAAUUGCAAAGACAAGGUGUAACUUUUAUUUCUAUUUUUCUAAAUGACCUGCUGUACUUGAUGGGAGUACUAAAAACCCUGUUAGGAGCAGAGACUUCAAAUUUCAUUUAGCACUUCUGUUACUUGAGAUUCACACUUGCAUUAUGCUGGGGGUUUCCUAGGCUUACUGUGUAAAUAAAAAGAACAUUGCUCAGCUAGGUGUUUUUCCAUGUGAGCAUUCUCUUACUUGUUUUCUAUCUUUUGUUAACUCCAUCUUCACCUUUUUUUUUCUUUUUUGCAGACCCUUUUUAGGGGGUUAAGGAAAAUUAAGAUUACCUUUUUACUUUUGAAACAUUAAAAUUUAAGGUCAAUGAAGUUGCUACUUGAGUUUAGCAUUGAUAUUAUGAAAAUAAAUGCAAUUUGGAUUUUAUGUUUAUUGAUAUUAUUUGUUACUUCACAAAUGGAUGAUUAAGGAAUUAUGCAUCAUAAAGGCACCUAAGUGAGUUUUACUUAUGUACUGUCUUUCACUCACAUUUGGGUAUAUUCUGAAUGCAGUGCUUAUUCAUUAUUUUGCUUCAUGAUCUUUCUGUUAUGCAGGGAUCCAACUUCCUAUUCUUACAAGAUGAUUGUUUAUAUGUGAAGCACAUCUUGCGAUUGCCUUAUUUUUGUUGCAAAAAUGUCAGUGUGAGAAUGUAUAUGUUUUACACAACAAAUAAUAAACAAGUUGAAAGAAA